UUGUAGCCGCAUCGGCUGCUAUUCAACUGCGUUUGGCAGAUAUUUUGUAGAUUAUUUGGGCUUAUAAAUAAGAGCUACGCCGCCUGCUAUAGAUCAUUCAAAAACUCAUUGUCGACGCGCGUUGUACGGACAAGCGAGUAAAAACGAGCCUACUAUAAGGCGUGGCGCAGUAAAAAGUCAACACUGAAAAAACAAUAAACACAUUAAAAGGAACUAUUGAAAGUGAAAUUUAAUGAUUAGAAUGAAUGAGACAAGUGUUAAUUAAAAUAUUUUCAAUAGAACAAAGUGCAAUCUGUGUGGGGAAGCAACAUAAAAACCAAAAAUUAUACAAAACUGUGAAAAAGUUUUGAAUUAGCACAAAAUGUUUAUACAGAAAAUGUUCGAACAUGCCACACAUUCAGAGUUAUGGAGUUUUGCAACGCUGCUGGCUAUCGCAUUGACCCUCUAUGGUUUAUGGGAUUACAUCAAAUCAGUGCUACUCUCACUAAAACUAUCAGGACCGGAAGCAUUACCCAUACUCGGCAAUUGCUUGAUCAUAAAGGAAAAGGACAUGCUUGCGAAGCGCGUGGCAACAGCUUUCGGACUUUACGGUCCUCUUAUACGUAUUUGGGUACUACUAUUUCCGUUCUUCGCGGUGCUGCAACCAGAUGAUUUGCAAGUGAUAUUGUCCUCAAAGAAACACACGGAAAAAGUGUUCAUAUACAGAUUGAUGCACAAUUUUCUGGGAAAGGGGCUUAUAACGAGUAGUGGCGAAAAGUGGAACGCGCAUCGAAAAUUCAUACAGCCCAUGUUUCAUUUGAGCAUCCUGGAGCGCUUCAUUGGCACAUUCGCAGACGCCUCACAAAAGCUCUUCGAAAACUUACAUGCGUCCGCCAAUGAAGAAGUCAAUAUCGCCAAAUAUAUCAACAAUUGCGUCAUUGAUAUUUUAAAUGAAGCGGUUCUGGGGGUACCGGUGAAGCGGCAAAGCGCCUUGGUGGAUAUGGAACAAUCACCAUUUAGGCAAGGGAAAGUGGUGGUCAACGAGCGUUUCAUGCAACCGUGGCUGCUCUUUGAGAGUGUUUACAAGUUUACAAAAAUCGCGUCAGAUGAGCUCGAUCAAAAGAAGCGUCUCGAUGAAUUUACACGCAAAAUGAUCAAGCGCCGUCGUGAUAUGAUGGAGAGUGGAACUUUGAUCGGACGAAAGUGUUUGCUGGAUUACAUGAUCGAAAUAUCGAACAACAAUGCGGAUUUCACCGAGGACGAUAUAGUGGAUGAAGCCUGCACAUUUAUGCUCGCCGGACAAGAUUCUGUUGGCGCUGCAGUUGCAUUCACACUUUUUCUGCUCGCUCAAAACCCCGAUUGUCAAGAUAAAUGUGUUGCGGAAAUCAACGAUAUUUUUAUAGACGAUCAGCGCGCACCGACUAUGAAUGAUUUGCGCGACAUGCGCUAUGUGGAAAUGUGCAUUAAAGAGGCUCUGCGUCUGUGUCCCAGUGUGCCGUUGAUGGCACGUAAAUUGGGUGAAGAAGUACGUCUGGGCAAAUACAUGCUUCCCGCCGGUAGCAAUAUAUUCAUUUGUCCUUACGCCACACAUCGUUUGCCGCACAUUUACCCCGAUCCGGAGAAGUUCGAUCCCGAACGUUUCUCACCACAGAACAUGGAGACACGCCAUCCUUACGCCUAUAUACCAUUCAGUGCGGGACCUCGCUACUGCAUUGGUAAUCGCUUUGCCAUUAUGGAAAUGAAAACCGUUGUUUCGCGUCUAUUGAGGAGUUAUCAGCUACUGCCAGUGCCCGGCAAGACCUCCUUCAAUGCUACGUUCCGCAUUACACUUCGCGCCUCGGGCGGUUUGUGGGUGCGUUUAAAGCCACGCGAAAAUCCCUUGGUCGACUACAGCAAUUAGAGAAGUUACCUUAAACCCUUAUAUUUAUGGUAUUAUAAAUAUCUAGUAAAGUUAGUUUAGUUGUAAUGCGAACAAAUGCGGAAUUCCUCGUGUUCAAACCCAAUAGCUGUAAAUUAUGUAUGUAUAUUUAUUACUCAAAUUUUGAAAAGCUCACAUUUAUAUGUUGAGAACUAUUUCUAGGUAAGUGUAUUGAAAUAGCGAUGCCAAACAAAUGAAAUUGUUCAUAGAACUCCAAGACUAACUUUAAGUAUUAUCUAAGAAUUGUAAUCUUGCUAUAUUAAUUAUUCAAUUGACAUGAGAUGAAAUAAAUCUAUAUAUUUCGAAUCUAGAAUUAGUUCCGUUGAUAUUUUCGUAUUGUUACAAUUAGGACCAGUUUCCUCAUAUAUUUCUACUAACACAUAGUUAGAAGUUAGCAAUAAUAAAGACUUCAAAUAUAAAGUAAUGUAUUUCGUACCUUUUCUGUGUAAAUGAGCGUUUUUAUAAUAGUCGAAACCCAGUCCUGUCUGCGCGCCAACUGUGGUUUGUUCGGCCGUGAGGUCUACCCUGCUCCCUCUGUUCAUGAUGACUAAUAGAAAAAAUGAGAGAAAAAACAAGAGUAAGGUCUACUAAAACUCGCAAUUUCAAGUUCGCGAAUGCUUUUCGGUAAUUUUUGUAUCAAAGGUCAAUUGUCGGAAAUAAUCAUAAAAUAAUAAAAUCAACGAUUCAAUCGACAAGUAAGCACUGUUUUUAUAGUAUAUUUUACAAAAGUCCAGAACCAUGGACCGAAUUUCCACCUGCAAAUUGCUGCUGAAUCGGAACAAAAUCGAUGCUUAUGAUGACCUACGACAACCACAAGCGAAAACGGUCGUAAUAGAAUCGGGGUGAGCUACGUCAAAAUUGACGGUCAGAAGUAUUUUGCAAUGUGCAUGCUGUGAAUGGCAAGGAAUCAUCUAAUAUGUGCUGCUGCCCUACUGCUAAAAUCUUAAUUCGGACAUAGGAGAGUAAUUGUGUUUCAUCAGGGCAACCCACAGCAGGCCACAAUCAUCGAUAGUGACUCGCCAGAAGCUUCGGCAGUUAGACAGGAAGGUUGGUAUAGCCUAUGACGAAUAAUAUUUUCACUUUAAUGACUUUUCCAGUUUUUGUGUUUAUAUGACAGUGGAAUUAUGAAAUUACAUCCAAUAUUCUAACAAGUUAUCGAAUAAAACGGUGCAUAAUACACCAAAAUUGGAUAAUGUACUUCUUCACUGGCGUAGACACCGCUUAAGCGUUUACAGCCGAGUCAACAAUAACGUCUUUUCUUCUCACAAUUCGCCAAUUGAAAUAUCAACAGAAAUCAGUCGCUCUGCACCUGAUCCUUCCAACUGAGUGGAGGUGUUCCUUUCCCUUUGCUUCCACCAGAGGGUACUGCAUCGAACACUUUCAAAGCUGGAAUGUAUUCGUUCAUUCGAACAACAUGACCUAGCCAGCGUAGCCGCUGUCUUUUUAUUCGCUGAACUACGUCAAUAUCGCCGUAUAACUCGUUCAGCUUACCGUUCCAUCGUCUGCGGUAUUAGCCGUUGCCCAUGUUCUAAGAACCAUAAAUCAUCCGCAGAAACUUCAUCUCGAAAACUACUAGUGCCGUCUCAUCGGAUGUCGACAUCGUCCAUUCUUCUACACCAAAAAGCAGGGCGAGAUUAAUGAGCGACUUGUAUAGUUUAAUCUUUGUUCGUCGGAUCAUACUAAACAUUACAAAUAAAUUAUUCAAUAUAAUGUGAAAAUAAUUGAUUUCUUUUUAUUUUACCUAUUACCAUUGUGUAGAAUAAGACAGUUGUGCCUUGUGCUGCGCAGGCUUUGUGAGUAGAUGCCUCCGAAAUAAGAGGAUGAUCAGAUGUCAAAAGCUUUUAUAUCUCAGAAGAAUAUUAAUAGAAUGAGUUAAGUUAUCUCGAACUUGCAUUAAUAUCCUGAUAAAAAUUUGGUACUUGUACAAAAUAAGGCUGAUUCAGUAAGGGGACGUAAUCCGUUUGCGAUAAUACUAAUAAUACUAAAGCAAUAUAUAUUUUUCUAACCAUUUAAUCUAAACUAUCAGACUAAUAAGCAAAAUAAUACAUAUCAAAUAAAUACAUAUCAUAAAAAUGUGGAAAGUAACCUAUGAUAACCGGUACUUUUGUAGAACCUCUCUUGAUGGCCAGAUUUCAAAAGAACAAAUUUUGAGCUUCAACGUUUUAUUCAAUCAACUCAGCGCCUUGAUACAAUCGAAAUAUAAGAACAUUGCAUAUAUAUAAUAAUUUAUUAUUUAUAUAAGUAUGUAUUUACUUGUAUGUAGUAAGUAUAGAUAUAUAGUUAUGUAAUUUUAAACAAUUAAUCUAUAUUCAUUAACCGUGUAUUGGUAAAUAAUGCAUAAGUACAAUAUAUAUUAGAACAAUUAUUCUUAGUGGGGAUUCACAAAUAUAUAUGUAUGUAAAAAUAAUUUUAUUUCAUUUAUAACAGAAGUAAAUACAAACCCAAAGUAUUCGAAAUGUAAGUACUAUCGAAGGUAAUGAAUUCACUUUUGAUUACUUGGACGUAUUUAUGUAGCUGUGUGAGCGGGCUGGCCAUUCAUUCGGCCAAUGUAUUCGUUUAGUAGAAAAAGUCGUUUUUUAAAUUACUUAACUCUCACUAAUGAUUAUGUAUAAGUAAUUGUACGUUAUUACGUACGUAAGAGCUGCACGUACUUGCGUGAAUUCAUAAGUAUUGCAUUAUUAUUUGUAGGCUUAUUCGAGUGUGGAUAGGUUUAGUUAAAUUGUGGGUGCUGCGCGUAUUUCAAGUGCAGUAAUAACAAAAAAUUAUGAGAUUUUUGGAUAAUACAAUAUUAAACAAUAACAACAACAAGCAAGCAAUAAUAACAUGUACGUAUGUAUGUAUGUACGUU